AUGCACGGAUGUGGACAGUGCAGAAACAUGGCAUUGUCAUCAUCACAAAUCCGCUGCCUUGUCCGAUCCGCCUCGCGUCAGUGCGAACGGAGUCAGAACCCGGCCGCAUCACCUCAUCUGUCGAUUAUUGCUGACAUGGCGUUUUCUUGGCCUCCCUCAAAUGAGAAGUCCAAUCUCGGGCGCUGCAUUCUAGACCCUGUCACAAGCAUCUGA